CACGCUGAAGUAGCACCCGGCCUGACGACUCAUUUUAGUUGACAUCCUUUGGGUACAAGCAUAUUUUCGUAUAUUAUCCCACCCGAACUUGAGCAACUAGGUAACAUAGAUAGAGGUGUUGGAUACCAUUAUUAAUGAGGAGAUUUGAAUAAAAGUCAACCUCAGCUCAAACACGAAAGAUAGAAGCGAAACCUUGUGGUUGUUAACAAAAGUUACGUCCUGCCCCGCAAUUAGUUGUCGUCGCACCUGUCAAUCUUGCACAAAGUAAACAUCACAAGAGGUACCUUACCUAUCCAAAGAGGCAACAACUACCGCCAUUUCGUAUGCGCAUGUAGAAUUAAUCAUCAACGUAUAAACUUUUAUUACUUAGCUUGGUUUCUGUACACAGACUUCCUUCUUUUUUUUUUUUUUUAACUCAACACAGCUCCCUGAACCAACCCAAACUAAUUAACAUCGCGCCAAUGGCAACAAUCACAACAACGACCUCGUCCAACGCGGCCACAUACGGGGACUGCGUAGCCGCGCUCCGCACCUCGCUCUCCUUCCUCGAAUCCUCCGUGUCUACCCUCGGCACCGGCAUCGCGGACUACCCGCGGCUCGUCAACGUGCUGAAGAGCGUGCGCCACUACGAACUAAUCCCGCAGCCCGCCCUCGUCGCCGCCGAGGCCUCCCUCCGCGACGAGAUCGGCCCGGCCAUCGCGACGCUCCUCGACCGCGCCGACGCGCACAUCGAGCGCGCCGAGCGGCGCAUCGACGCCCUGCGCGCGCGGUCCGAGCUGCAGCAGGGGCGGAUGCAUUCGAGUACGAACACGACAUCCACCACCACCACCACCUCGUCUGCUCGCACCGCUGCCAACAACAAGAAAAAUAUACGUGGUGGAACGGGAGCGGGAGCGGCAAGACGGAGGACGGAAACCGAGGGAAAGAUCAAGGCGAGGCAGAGGGAGGCCCUGCAGUACAGCGUCGAGCGCCUCGAGCUAGAGGUGCUGCAGAAGGAGCGCGAGCUCAGGAAGAGGCUGGAUGCGGCGACUUAAAGGGUCUGUGCGGGGGUCUUGCUGUAUGGUUUGGUAUGGACACGGAUAUGGAUAUGGUAUGCUGAGGGGGCAAUGUAGCGAAAUGCACGAAGAAAAGGAUGGAUGGUACUGUACGAAGAGAGACGACGCCGCCGUCUCCGUCUGAAAAGAAUUGGCCGGAACGUACCUAUAUAAGCCUGCCGACGAAGGAAGCUAUGAAAGUCGCCAAGGGAGCGGACAUACGUCCUGGCAGGCUAUACCCAACCGAAGUUGGUUUCGACUUCCGUAUUACUUGGCCUAUUCUGCUUGAACGAGGAAUUAGUUGCGGGGAUCUUAACGACGUUGAGAAAGGAUUGUUAGUCACGAGUUACAACAAGGAGAGGGAGGAGGGGAAGCCAAGAGAUACGAGAUGCGGGAGUAUGUACCUAAUGUAUUACAAGUAGCCAAGGAAGGUGUGAAAGGAGAAAUUUAUACUAGUGAGCAUACAUACUAUACUCCUUAAUAGAGGCUUGAGAGAUAGCAUGAGAGUCGCUAACACUUAAUAAACAACUAUAUCUCCUAAUCAACAUGUGUCAGUUAUAC